GAAACAAAUAAAGUAAAAGUCGGCGUCAAAGAAGAAGAGCGAGUGAGAUAUGAGUGAGGAGGGAGUGGAACCUCCACUUGCGGUUCUAUUGCGUUGCAAGCGCGGGAAAACUAAGUCGGCCAAGAAACCAAGCCAAUCAACUCAAAUCGCACCGGAGCCGGUCCCGAUCGAUGCGCAGCCGGUUCGAAUUGAGCCGGAGCCGGUUUCAGUUGCGCCGGAGAACUCGAGGAAUGGCCCUCCUAGGGUCAGUGUCUCCAUGUUCGACGAUUCGGUGGAGAAUCACUUCAGAGUCAUGCACACGAUUUCCGAGCUCUGCGGCGAAGCCAAGGAAGACGAGCCAGUCCCGGAGACCGAGCUUCAACGCUUACAGUCAUCCACUACUUUUCUCAGGGAGUGGGCUGAUUUCAAGUAUGAACCUAGGGCUGUUCGAUUCGCUUGCCAAGCACCAAGCCCUGAUGAGGAGGAUGUUAUCAGUGGGAUAAACUUGCGGCAGUUUUCCUCUGCAACUGUUCCACAGAACGAGGCGGGGGACACAUCCUCUCCGGAGUUGAGCCAAGACUUUGUGAUGUAUGUUGGAGGGUCUGUUUGGGCAUUGGAUUGGUGUCCUAGAGUUCAUGAAUGUCUUGAAUCUCAUGCCAAAUGCGAGUUUAUUGCCAUAGCUGCCCAUCCCCCUGGAUCUUCUUAUCACAAGUUAGGUGAGCCACUUACUGGCAGAGGUGCCAUUCAGAUAUGGUGUCUUCUAAAUGCUAGUGUAAAGGACAAAGGUGGUCCUAUAGGAGAGAAACCAAAAGGAGGCAAGAAAAGGAGUGCAGUCAUAGAAAAAUGCACCGAACAAAAAAGGCCUAGAGGAAGACCUAGAAAGAAGCCAAUAGAAGAAGCUAUUGACAAAGAGGCCAAAGCAGAAAAAUCAACUGAACCAAAGAGGCCUAGAGGAAGACCCAGAAAGAAAUCAAUAGAUGAAUCUGUUGGCAACUUGGAUGGGAGAACCAAUGGUGAUGAGGUUCUUGCUAUUGAUUAUCCAAAGGAAUCAUCCAAGUUGCAUUCUAUGGAUUGUGUUCCUGCAAGUACUGAAGGAAAUGAUGUACAAGAAGAUCAUGACAAAAAGCAAUCAAGUCAAUCGAAGCCCAGAGGAAGACCCAGAAAGAAGCCAAUAAAAGAGCAUGUUGACACUUUAGAUGCGGGUAGCAACAAUAAUUUUGAGGUUCUUGCUAUUGAAUACCGAACGGAGCCACUGGAGUUGCGUUCUACAAAUUCUCUUGCAAAUACUCAAGGGGAUGCUGUACAAGGAGAAAUAAGUUACAAUCAGACUCAAUCAAAGAAGCCUAGAGAAAUACAUGGAAAGAUGCCAAUAGAAGAAUCGGUUGACAACUUGGAUGGGCGCAACAAUACAGUUGAGGAUCUUGAUGAUCAAUAUCCAAAGGAAUCAUUGGAGUUGGAUGGCAUGGAUUGUGCUCCUGAAAGUACUCAAGGAGAUGAGGUACAAGAUGAUCAUGGCAAGAAAAGAAAAAGGUACAGAAAGAAUCGAGCAAAGAUUUCUAGAGGAAAAGCUGGAGAGAAGCCAAUAGAACAUUCUGUUGAUAACUUGGAUGGGAGCAGCCAUUAUACAGAGGUUCUUGCUGUCCAAUGUAUCAAGGAAACUUCAGAGUUGCAUUGUGUUCCUGCACUUACUCAGGCACAUGAUAUACAAGAAGCUCAUGAUGGAAAACAAGAAAGUUCUGGAUGGAAAACAAAUGAUAUUGUUUCUAACAAUGAUUAUGCUGAAAAUGGAUCAACCAGUUAUUCAGUUCCAAAGGAUGUAGCAUUGCCAAGAAUCAUAUUCUGCCUAGCUCACCAUGGAAAGGUUGCUUGGGAUGUGAAAUGGCGCCCCCUGAAUGAAUAUGAUUCCAGAUGCAAGCAUCGAAUGGGCUAUCUUGCUGUUUUAUUAGGGAACGGGUCUCUGGAAGUGUGGGAGGUUCCUGUUCCUCGUGCAAUUGAAGUAAUUUAUUCUUCUUCAUCUGGAGAAGGCACUGAUCCUCGCUUUGUAAAAUUGGCACCGGUAUUUAGAUGCUCAAUGUUAAAGUCUGGUGACAAAAAAAGCAUCCCUCUUACUGUGGAAUGGUCAGCUUCACCACCUCACGAUUACUUAAUUGCUGGAUGCCAUGAUGGAACUGUCGCUAUGUGGAAGUUUUCAGCUAGUAAUGCAUCUCAAGAUACAAGGCCUUUACUUUGUUUCAGUGCAGAUACAAAUCCUAUUAGGGCGCUUUCUUGGGCCCCAGUUGAAAGCAAUUCAGACGGUGCAAAUGUUAUAGCUACUGCUGGACAUGGAGGCCUAAAAUUUUGGGACCUACGUGAUCCAUUCCGUCCCUUGUGGGACAUUGAUCAUAUACCAAGGUUCAUAUAUAGUCUGGAUUGGCUUCCAGAUCCGAGAUGUCUACUUCUCUCCUUUGAUGAUGGAACAAUGAGACUUCUCAGCCUGACGAAGGUUGCCUCUGAUGCCCCUACAACAGGGAAACCCUUUACUGGAACAAAACAGCAAGGCCUGCACAAUCUUGGUUGUUUGCCUUUUGCAAUCUGGAGUGUUCAAGUAUCAAGACUAACAGGUAUGGUUGCAUAUUGUGGUGCAGAUGGAACUGUUCUGCGCUUCCAGCUUACGUCCAAAGCUGUGGAGAAAGAUGCUAUACGAAACCGGGCUCCACAUUUUCUGUGUGUGUCACUAACUGAAGAGGACUCUGUUGUAACCAUCAAUACCCCAGUACUAAAUAAUCCUUUCCCAUUGAAAACAUCUCGUAAAGCUGAGCCAAACAAGGUGAAGAGAGAACAUGAUAAGAUGGCAACUGCAUCAGAAGAUAAAGUUUUAGCUCUUUGUUAUGGUGAUGAUCCGGUUGUUGAAUUAGAAUCUGGGAAAGAAGCGCCAUCUCUUAGAAGCAAACCACGCACAUCUGGGGAUGACCAAGCUUUAGCAUGCAUGGAUCAUGAGCCAUUUAAUACUCUGGAAGAAGAAAUUGGAGAAAAGGGUGCAUCUCUUAAAAGCAUUGUGAAACAGAAAUCUAAGUCUAGUAAGAAAACAGAGGAUGAACAAGAACUGGUAUGCAGAGAUGAAGAGCUGAAUAAUAUGCAGAGAGAGAAAAUUGGGACCGAGUAUGAAGUUUUUCCUUCGAAGCUAAUAGCAAUGCAUAGAGUGAGAUGGAACAUGAACAAGGGUAGUGAGAGAUGGUUGUGCUAUGGAGGGGCAGCUGGACUCGUACGUUGUCAAGAGAUUGCUUUGUCUGAGAUUGAUACGAAAUGGGCAAGGAAGAAAUGAGAAGCCAUGUUUUCUGUAGUUCCUUGAUUCUUCUGAGCCUGUUUAAUGUUUAUGUUAGAUUCAGUGAUUUUGCAGGACAGAUGACACCAUAAAGAGCAGAGCUAAUUGUGGAUGUAUAUAGAUUAGGAUUGUCUGAUGAUUUGUCAACUUCCUACAUGCGUGUAAAUGAAUGUAGAUUGUAAUUCUAUCUAGUUGGUGGAAAGCUAUACUCAUUUUAGG